CGCCGGCGGUGGCGGAGGCUCGGCGCCUGGGGGGCAUGUAGGCGCCCCUUGGGGCCGCUGGUGGGCGUCGGGCGGCGGCGGCUCCUCCCCCGUCCCUCGGGCGCGUUACUCAUUAACCGCGCUGUCCUGAGCGCCCGAGGCGUGGAGCCAGACCCAGCUUACCUGUCGGCGGGGCGCGCGCGGCCGGAGCUGAGGGCCCGGGCUUGCGGAGCGGGUUGUAAAGAGACUUCGCCAACAAGUCUGGAGGCCGCCGCCGCGCGGGAGCUGGACCCGGCGAGGCAGUAGGCAUGGACCGAGGGUCUUAGGAGACGGCGAGCCGGGCACGGCGCCAAGGCGUAGAGGUCACCCUUGGGAGAUUUCGGCGAAACGUGGUGGGCAAGAACCGGCGCCUUAGGAGACAGCUCCGUGCAGCCUGACUUUUGUUUCGGGGAGUUGAGGCGAGCUGUUCAGACAUAAUUGUAAUUACACUACCCUUCCAGCGUGGAUAGCUCGUUCUGAUCGCCAGGGAAAAAGAGAGUUUAAUGGACUCUGGAAGUGAUGGUGUUAGAUGAAAUCUGCAGCGCGUGAAGAGUUGCCAGUUGUUAUGGGAUUUAAAGAAGAAAAAGAAAAAAGUCUGUAAUGGCUAAUGGGUAAAGUCUUGAAAAUUAAGAGCGCUCAGGUUGUUCUAUGAUGAGGCUUUUGCUAUGGCUAAUGACCCCUUGGAAGGCUUCCAUGAAGUGAACCUUGCUUCACCUACUUCUCCAGACCUCCUUGCUGUGUAUGAACCAGGAACUCAAGAGCAGACUACCUCACCUAGCGUCAUCUACCGGCCACAUCCUUCAGCUUUGUGCUCCACCCCUAUCCAGGCUAAUGCCUUAGAUGUUUCUGACCUUCCUACACAACCUGUGUAUUCCUCCCCAAGACGUUUAAAUUGUGCGGAAAUAUCCAGUGGCAGCGUCCAUGGUACAGAUCCAGCACCUUGUUCUACCUCUGGAGUCACAGCUGGGUUACUUAAACUAACUACAAGAAAGGACAACUGUAGUGCAGAGAGGGAGUUUUUACAGGGUGCUACUAUAACAGAAGCUUGUGAUGGCAGUGAUGAUAUUUUUGGGUUGAGUACUGAUAGUCUGUCCCGCUUACGAAGCCCAUCUGUUUUGGAAGUUAGAGAAAAGGGCUAUGAAAGAUUAAAAGAAGAACUUGCAAAAGCUCAGAGGGAACUGAAGUUAAAAGAUGAAGAGUGUGAGAGGCUUUCUAAAGUGCGAGAUCAACUUGGACAGGAGUUGGAGGAACUCACAGCUAGUCUAUUUGAGGAAGCUCAUAAGAUGGUGAGAGAAGCAAAUGUCAAGCAGGCAACAGCAGAAAAACAGCUAAAAGAAGCACAAGGAAAAAUUGAUGUACUCCAAGCUGAAGUAGCUGCAUUGAAGACACUUGUAUUGUCCAGUUCUCCAACGUCACCUACGCAAGAGCCUCUGCCAGGUGGAAAGGCACAUUUUAAAAAGGGGCAUACAAGAAAUAAAAGUACAAGCAGUGCUAUGAGUGGCAGUCAUCAGGACCUCAGUGUGAUACAGCCAAUUGUAAAAGACUGCAAAGAGGCUGACUUAUCCCUGUAUAAUGAAUUCAGAUCUUGGAAGGAUGAGCCCACAAUGGACAGAACCUGUCCUUUCUUAGACAAAGUCUAUCAGGAAGAUAUCUUUCCUUGUUUAACCUUCUCAAAAAGUGAGUUGGCUUCAGCUGUUCUGGAAGCUGUGGAGAACAACACUUUAAGCAUUGAACCAGUGGGAUUACAACCUGUUCGAUUCGUGAAAGCAUCUGCAGUUGAAUGCGGAGGACCAAAAAAAUGUGCUCUCACAGGUCAGAGCAAGUCCUGUAAACACAGAAUUAAACUAGGGGACUCAAGCAACUACUACUAUAUUUCUCCUUUUUGCAGAUACAGGAUCACUUCUGUCUGUAACUUUUUCACAUACAUUCGGUACAUUCAGCAGGGACUUGUGAAACAGCAAGAUGUUGACCAAAUGUUUUGGGAAGUUAUGCAGUUGAGAAAAGAGAUGUCAUUGGCAAAGCUGGGCUAUUUCAAAGAGGAACUCUGAUGUUCUGCCUGGGACCAUCCAUGAACCUCCUUGAAGACUUGGAAAAUGGCUGAAUAUUUUUACGGUUACUUGAUAUUUAUUUCCAAGGAGCGGGUCCAAGACUUUUUCCCUCUUUUGCAGAUUAUACUAAGAAGUACUGUGAUUUCUUUUUAAACUGACCUAUGCUGUGUUUGCUUAUUCUUUAGUUGAACACACUAUAAAGAAUUACAGGUGUACUAGUGAUUGUAAUUUAUAGUUGCAAAAAAUAGCUAAAUAAAUAAAUGUUAAAUUGA